AUGGAUGAUUUGAGUAUUAUGAGUGGCAGUGACUCUAAUAUACUUUAUAAUGAUAAAACUGGGUCAAGUUCAUCUCAAAGUUUGCAAUUAUUGGAGGAUCAGAGUCAAACUAUUUCCCAAGAACAGCAGUCAUCAAAGUCUAUCAAAAUGGCCAGUAAUGCUACUAUACUUGAUGGAACUUUUUUAAAUUAA